AUGGCGGUUGAUGCCUUCUUUAAAGCCCCUCCUCCUCCAUCAAUUACCUUCAACAACACUCCAUCCAUUUCCCUUCCCUUUCACCCUGUUAUUAUCUUAUUGUUCUCUGGAGGAAGAGAACAACAAGAACAAAAGAUGGAGAUCAUCAAUGGCCUCAAUGUCUUCCUCCUCCUCGCCCUCUCUUCUCUUUUUUUCCCUGCCAAUACCGUUUGCGUCCCUCGCAACUCCGCUCCGUUUGGUUCCCCUGUUGAUUCACUUAUUGCACCGCAAGCAUCGCCGUCUCAAUCUUCAUCACCACAACCAUCGGUAUCAACAUCGCCAUCACCACCGGCUCAGUCGCCAACCAACUCCGAAGACUCGGCACUAAAUUCUCAAGAAUCGUACUCCGAUGCGUUGUCUCCCUCCGACAUGGAAUUCCCUUUCGAUUCAUAUUCUUCAUCGGAAAAAUCGGAAGCAUCGUCGCCUCAAUCUCCAUCAUCAACACCACCGACUUCGGCGUCCUCCUCCGACGAUUCGACCGUCCCAACCGAUCUCGAAGAGAUCUGCGAUGUAACCAGCGAUCCACAGUUGUGUACAAAAUCGAUUUCAUCUCACAUAGAUGAAUCAGAGGUGAAUCCUACCUCUGCACUGAAAACGGAAAUUGAGGAAUCGAUUAAAGAGGUGAGGAAAGCAGUAACAAAAUUGAAGUCACUCCGUAAAAGUGCAUCGAAAGUCGAAAUCUCGUGCUACGAUACUUGCUUGGAGACUUUCGAUAUGGCAAUUUAUGACCUACAAUCUGGAUUGGAAUCAAUCGACACUAAAGAUACUGGUACAAUGGAGAGCGUCCUCGCCGCCGUAAUGUCUGAUCUGACGACUUGCGAUGAUACUUUUAUAGAGAUGGGAGUGGAUUCGCCAUUGGACAAUCUUAGCUCGAAGAUGAGUAAAUACGCCAGUAACUGCUUGGCGAUUUCGAAAUUGCUUCUGUGA